AUGCCGCUGUGCACUCAGGUCACCGCCUUUGGGAGGGACAUGCUGCGCAAACCCUAUCAGGGUCUGGCGCUGCAUCCCCAGCAAGCGCUGUCCGAUAGGGACAGCCCCCAGCUCAGCUCGCUGCGCUCCACGGUGGUCUUUGAAGGACCAUGCCUGUCGUCCCUGCGUACGUCCUUCGGGCCCUGCGACACCAGCCAGUGUCUCCAGGGCGCACACAGCCAGGAGCCAGGAGGGCACCGGGAGGGCACCGGGAGGGGGCGUGUCCACGAGUCCCCGCCUCGGCCCCGCCCCGCUGCACCGGCUGUGCGCCUCGCUACUGUGUUAGUCUCCGAGGCAGAACCGCCGCCGCUAUCGCCGUCUCUGACUCUGCUCCGUCGGUCCCCCUGCCCUGACCAUGCCCCGGGGGAGUCGCAGCAUGGCCGCCAGGCCAGCCAGGCCCCUGCCCGCACUGCCCCCCAGCCCCUGCAGAUGGGGCCCUGCGCCUAUGAGAUCAGGCAGUUCCUGGACUGCUCUACCACUCAGAGUGACCUGUCCCUGUGCGAGGGCUUCAGUGAGGCUCUGAAGCAGUGCAAGUACAACCACGGUCUGAGCUCCCUGCCCUGAAGAGACUGCUGCAGAUUCAGGGGCCAACCCUGCACCUCCCUCCACUCCUUCACCACCAGCCAGACCAUGACGUCAGGUUGUACCCGUGUAACUGGGACUAGGAGUGAGGAGGGGGUUUCUCAACCCCUAGGUGACCCGAGACAAAAAUGUGCAAUUAAAAGAGUUUAUUUUAGA